AUGUCAUCCGGAAAGACCUUCACAUUGAGCAACGGCGUGACCAUCCCUGCCGUUGGUUUCGGAACCUUCGCCAGCGAGGGCGCCAAGGGCGAGACCUACGCCGCCGUCACUGCUGCUCUCAACACUGGCUACCGUCACCUCGACUGCGCCUGGUUCUACCUCAAUGAGGACGAGGUUGGUGAUGGUAUCCAUGACUUCCUCAAGGCCAACCCCUCCGUCAAGCGUUCGGACAUUUUCGUGACCACCAAGGUCUGGAACCACUUGCACCGUGCCGAUGACGUCCGAUGGUCCAUCAACAACUCCCUCAAGCGUCUGAAGCUCGACUACGUUGACCUCUUCCUGGUCCACUGGCCUAUUGCUUCUGAGAAGGAGGACCAGGAGAAGCCUAAGAUUGGACCCGAUGGAAAGUACGUGAUCCUCAAGGACCUAACCGAGAACCACGAGGAGACAUGGCGUGCCAUGGAGCAGCUCUAUGCCGAUGGCCUUGCCAAGGCCAUCGGUGUGUCCAACUGGACCAUCCCCCAGCUUGAGGCCAUGACCAAGUACGCCAAGGUUAUGCCCCAGGUGAACCAGGUCGAGAUUCACCCCUUCCUGCCCAACGAAGAGUUGGUGCAGUACUGCUUCUCCAAGAACAUCUUGCCCCAGGCCUACUCCCCUCUGGGCUCCCAGAACCAGGUCCCCACCACCGGCGAGCGGGUCAGCGAGAACAAGACCCUCAAUGAGAUUGCCGAGAAGGGCGGCAACACCCUGGCUCAGGUCCUGAUUGCCUGGGGUCUGCGUCGUGGUUACGUUGUCCUCCCCAAGAGCUCCAACCCCAAGCGCAUUGAGUCCAACUUCAAGAGCAUUGAGCUCAACGAUGCCGACUUUGCCGCCGUCAACGCGGUUGCCAAGGGCCGCCACUGCCGUUUCGUCAACAUGCACGACACCUUUGGCUACGACCUCUGGCCUGAGGAGACUGCCCAGGGCCCUGUCUCUCUAGAUUUUGUUUGA